GAGGCGCAGAGCUCUGGGCACACGCCGCCGCUGCCGUUACUCCAAGCUUGAGAUUCUAGGCGGGUACUUAUCCAAGUUGCCAACAGAUCUGACGCGACCCUCACAUAGUGACACCACUGAUUUCUUGUAAUUCUUGUGAAAGAUAUUCCUCCUACAUUCUCUCCCCGAUUUCUUCCCUUUCGAGAAUCCCUCCUAACGCAUAAUUCAACACAUUUACAACUUUCCUUUCUCCUUACCUUACGCUGAGCGUCGCGCCAGAGCUCGGUCAGACAGCAUGUCAGAAAUAUUCAUUAACCACAUCACUCGAUGGCUUUUUAGUUCGCCGCCUGCCGAGUGGGCAAUAAACCAACUGCGCGAACUACUCAUCGGGGCCUUGAAGCAAGGACCGGUUCCUCAACAUGUCGCAUUCGAGAUGGAUGGCAAUAGGCGGUAUGCCCGCGGCAGGAAGAUGGAGACGAUAGAAGGCCACCACCACGGUUUUGAAGCCCUAGCAAGAGUUCUCGAGAUUUGUUACAAGUGCGGCGUCAAAGUCGUAACCGUCUACGCCUUCAGCAUAGAAAACUUCAACCGCCCGCAAUACGAGGUCGAUGGGCUUAUGCAGCUGGCCAAGGUGAAGCUCGAGCAGCUGACGAAACACGGCGAUAUCCUGGAUCGAUACGGCGCGGCGGUGCGUGUGCUUGGACAGAGAGAUCUGAUUCGCAAGGAUGUUCUGGAGGUGGUCGACCGAGCUGUUGACAUGACCAAGUACAACAAGCAAAAUGUGCUGAACAUCUGCUUUCCGUAUACUUCGCGGGAAGAGAUGACAACGGCCAUGCGAUCCACGGUACAGGAGUAUAUGAUGCCCCCUGGACCCAAGUUCACGCCCUUCCCGGCUGCUCGUAUUUCGCAAAAGAUCAUGUCGAAGCAACUGGAGCACCGAGAGCCCCUUCCGACCAUCCGGGACACAUCGCCGGCCCCCUCUUCACGAUCCGAUGGUGAUGAUGGUGCGUCGUCGUCAACUACUCUUCCUCCCGACUCGCCUUCACCGCCGAGGCACAGCGGCGCAGCAAGCGGGCACCGCCUGAAGAAUCCAGAGACAAUUACGGCUGAGACUCUCAACAACCACAUGUACACUGCUGGAAACCCUCCGCUGGAUAUUUUUGUGAGAACUAGUGGCGUAGAGAGACUCAGCGAUUUCAUGCUUUGGCAGUGUCACCAAGAUACGCACAUCUUCUUCUUGAAGUGUCUUUGGCCCGACUUCGAUUUGCAGCACUUCCUGCCUGUGCUUCUGGAGUGGCAGUGGAGGCAGAAGCAGAUCGAGAGAGACGAGCGGCCAAAACAGGCGAUGACCAAGGCACGAAAGCUUGCCUGAGUCUGUCCCAUUGGACAUAACGGCCGAGGGUUUCUAUGGGGAGGCGUUUCUUAGUUGCUUGUAGUUGUGUUUGGCUGGAAAGAACCAGCUUCGGGGUCUUUUGCUUAUGAUUGAGAGACCACAAGGAGGGAAGGCGGGCCUGAUACCACGAGAGAGUGUUUGUAAACCAUAUUGAUAUCCAUCAAAUUCAUGUUUCGUAGAUGACGCAUUUGUAUUGUGCAGGAAGGGAAGUUGCCCGUGCAGUCGCAAAUUACGGCAAAGUUCACUU